UGCGCAAAGCUGCAAGCGUUCAACAUAAUGAAGGAGUGAUUUCCGCUUUAACAAUGAAAGUAGCAGUUCACACAUUGUUGCCUAGAUCUUAGUGAACAUUGUGACAGCAGUAGAUUAUUAAACAGAGGCUCUCUCCGAAUCGCGAUGUGAAAAUGGAUCAAGGGGAAGUCAUUGACAAUGUUUUUAUUGCUCUAAAGUGGAACGGUUUUUAUCAGGUCUCGAGAACAGCCAUCUUGCUUUUGUCUCUGGUCAAUAACGCCUUUACCGCUGCAUCUGUUGUCUUUAUAGGUAAAGCUGUUAAUUUUAAUUGUCGACGUCUGAAAAGCUUAUCUAUUAAGAACGUCACGUAUGACCUCUCGCUAAGCAACAGUAACGUCCCCUUCCUAAUCAACUACACAGAAUGCAGCGUAGACGUCAGAAACGGAAGUGACCUCAUUUUUACAUCCAACUGCAGUGACGGCUACGAGUAUGCAGACUCAACGACGUCAUCAUUUGUUGCCGAGUGGGACUUGGUCUGUGAUAAAGAGUCUUACUCGGACAUUUCCCAAGGUGUCGUAGUCCUCGGAGAGAUGUUUGGCUGUCUUUCACUAACACGUUUUGCAGACAGGUGUGGCAGAAAGGUGACUUAUAUUAUAACAAGCGUGAUGUAUUUCGCUGCCAACAUGCUUGCUGCAUUCUCCAUCAGCUUUGCAUAUUUCCUUUUAUUCAGAUUUAUAACUGGAGUGUUCGAUGCAUGCUGCCAACAGCUGUCUUACAUAAUGUUGAUUGAAAUGAUGCCAACUACACAUCGAGCACUUCCGCAGAAACUGUCUUCAUUUAUAUGGCCCAUUUCGUUAAUGUUUCUGUGUCUUGUGGCUUACCUGACUAGGGAUUUGAGUUGGCACUUUACCCACAUUUGCUUAUCCAUGUUUGCCGUCCAUUCGAUCUUCCUGUGGUGGAUUACGGACGAGUCCAUUCGAUGGCUUUGUGCAGUCAAAAGGUAUAAAGACGUGGAAAAACUGAUCAUGAAAAUAUCACGAAUCAAUCACGUUGAUCCAGCGGAUGCAUUAGAAAUAUUAAGAGCCAACGGGCUUUCGCCUUACUCAAUUAAACUUGCACAAAAAACGGACAGCAUUGCAGAAGUAUUGAUUAGCCAGGCUAUGCUGGACACUAAAUCUAGUAAUCCCGAUACACGAGUGUCUGUGUUUGUCAAGAACAAAAAUUUGUUUAAAAUAACAGCAGUGGCAGGUUAUACAUGGUUUACUGAUUCAUUGUCAUACCAUGGGCUGCUGUUUAUUUCUCCAAACUUGAACGAAGAUUUCUACCUGGGAUUCCUGCUAGGAGUUAUUAUUGAGAUUCCAGCCACAAUCUUGUUCUGUUUGUUGAUUGACAGGAUUGGAAGGAAGAAAUGCAUUAUGGUAUUUCAUGUAUCAGGCGGGAUCUUCAUCUUGCUGUCAACAUUUACUCUGUACUCUUCGAUUGAUGAUGGGUUACCUGGUCAGUAUGGCAUUUUUUUGGUGUUGGCUCUUCUGGGCAGAUUAAGUGUAACAGCUUCGUUUUCCGCAGUACUGACCUUUGUACCUGAGCUGUUUCCCACAUCUGUCAGAAACACUGGUCUUGGGUUUUCGGCCGCCUCGCUGUAUCUAGGCUCUACCAUCGCUCCUCAUGCACGCACAGUGAGCCGACAUGCUCCCUGGGCGCCUAAUCUUGUGUUUGGAGUCCUGUGCUUGACUGUGUCCAUGGUCAUCCAUUUUCUCCCAGAGACGAGCGGACAAGAUCUGACCCAGACUGUGCUAGAGAUGGACCAUAGAAUUCAGAGAAGGAGGUGAUAGCCGUUCCAUUUUGGUCCACAGUGUUCGUUACUACGUGCGUGCCUUGAGAUCAUGUAAUUUGUACAGAAUAGACAUUUUUAUACUUUUGAAACAGUUUUUCCAACAAGUCGUUUUCAAAUAAAAAAUAAAUAAAUUAUUA